GAGACAAAAAUACAGGUUAGCGAGGACUGUUUCCGCGAGCAAAACGCCAACGUCGGCCAUGGCAUCAAAGGGAACCAUCAUCGUGACGGGGGCCAACGGCGGCCUUGGCUCCGCCAUUGUGCAAACCAUCCUCAGCAAGCCGGACCUGGCCUCCAACUACACCGGCCUCUAUGCCGUGCGCAAGGCCGCGACCGCGACAAAGCUCCAAGAGACUCUCUCCAAAGCCCCGUCAAGCCACAAGCAUGAGACGGUAGACCUUGACCUGGGAUCGCUCGCAAAUGUGAGAAAGGUGGCUGCGGAUAUCAACGCCCGAGUGGCCAAGGGCGAUUUGCCCCGGAUCCGGGCCCUGAUUCUGAAUGCUGGGUAUCAGGACCACUCCCGCUUGGUCAUGAGCGAGGAUGGCUUUGAAAUGUCAUGGCAGGUCAACUUCCUCUCCAACAUGCUCCUGACGCUGCUCCUGCUACAGAGCAUGGACGCGCAAGAGGGUCGCAUUCUCGUCAUCGGCAGCUGGGCACACAACAUUGAAGAUAAGCGCAACAACGCGACAAACGCAUACAAGGAUCCCAGAUACCCGACUCUGUAUCCGGGCGCAGAGGCGCUUGCCAAGGGCCAAUGGAGCAGGCCUGAGGAGGAUCCAAGCAGCAACUCGGGCUUCCGUCGAUAUGGAGCCAGCAAGCUCUGCGUCAUCAUGUUCUGCCAGGAACUUGCAAACCGCAUCGCCAAGGACCCUCAACUGAGCAACAUCUCCGUCAUCGGCCUCGACCCCGGCGGCAUGCCCACCGACAUUGCCCGCAGAGCCGGCUUCUUCUUGGGCUCCGUGGUGAUGAAGGUCGUGGUACCCGUCAUCGCCGCGGUCAGCGUCCGCAUCAACGGCAACGGCAUGUUUAGACCCGCGUGGAAGAGCGCGGCAGACGCCGUCAGGGCUUGCUUCGAGAUUGAAGCCCACCGAGGCGAGCUGCUGCACCUGGACGGCACGGCUGAGCUCGAGAUUGCAAAGGAGGCGAGGGACGAGACGAAAAGGAGGGAGUUGUGGGAGUAUGGGUUGGAGGCGGCGCGGAUACAAGAGGGUGAUACGGCAUUGGCGAACUGGAAAUAGGUAGUACCCUUUCGUCCAGCGGUUGUCAAGGGAAGAGGGUGAAGGCGUGAGAGGUGUU